AUGCCGAGCGAUCAUACGCGAGCGCGACGAACUGUUUAUAAAAAAAAACUCUCGACUCCGAUGCAAAUAAAAGUGUAAACAAAAUGAAAUGACAGAAACAUUCCAGUGGCAUUCACUUAGACUUUAAAUAAUAAGGUAAACAGUGGAUUAUAGUACAUUAAAAAAAAUUCGCGAGUACUUGCUCUGCAAGGGCAUUUGACAAGUCGGUGCAAUUUAUAAACAGUUAUCAUAUAAUUAUUAGUGUUAUAUACGUUUUUUUAAAGUGGCAAUGCUGUAUUUAUCAUUUGCAUCUUUAUGAAUCGAUAAAGAUGAAGAUGUGUCUUAUAAUCAUAGAAGUUAUCGCAAGAAUAGUGAAGUUCUCAUCUGGAAAUUACUGACGAGUACUAAAAAAUGGAGGGCGUUAGAAUAUCGCACCAGGGGUUGAAGGCGCAUACCCCUGAAGGAUCUGCUGGUAGGAUAACCCAAGCAGGUUUAGCAGCGCGUAGUGCAGAAGGCACCGCAGCUAAAGCAAUGGCUAUCAAAGGCCACGAAGAUCUUUGGGUGGAGAUCCAAGCCAACACGUUUCGAAACUGGGUCAACGAGACCCUUAAACCCGUAAAUAUAAAGGUUGUAGAUCUAGUUGAAGAUCUGCGUGACGGUACGGUGUUAUGUGCUUUAGUUGAAGCACUGCAAGGCCGCAGACUGAAGGGUUGGAGUCCCAGCCCCACAAACCAACACCAUAGGCUUGAAAACGUUACCACUGCUCUCCAAGCUAUCGAAGAUGAUGGUGUUAAACUUGUUAAUAUCGGCAACGUGGAUAUUGUAAAUGGAAAUUUGAAACUGAUACUAGGAUUAAUCUGGUCUCUCAUCGUUCGCUACCAGAUUGGCAAGAGCAAAUUCCCACCCAGGAAGCUGAUGUUAUCCUGGCUUCAAGCUGCAAUGCCUGAAUGUCGUGUGGGUAACCUUACAACUGACUGGAAUAGUGGGGUUCUACUAUCCGCACUUCUUGAUUACUGCAAGCCUGGCAUAUUCCCUCACUGGAAGGAACUCAAUCGUCACGAAGCCAUAGAAAACUGUCGAAGAGCAAUGAAACUGGCUCACAGAGAGCUCGACGUGCCCAUGGUCCUGGAGCCCGAGUAUUUAGCUUCCCCCUGGCUAGAUGAACUGUCCGGCAUGACCUACCUUUCUUAUUUCAUGAAACCAGAUUCGACAGGAGUUAAAUCAACUUUAGACUGGGUUAACUCUCGUUUGGAGAGACCUAUCACUAACUUUACGACGGACUGGAAUGAUGGUCGAGUGGCAAAUGAAUUGGUACGGUCUAUGGGAGGUCCAGCACCACAUCCAAGCAAAUUGCGACGGGACCCUGCACGUUGGGAGGAAAACUGUCAGACCGCGAUAGAUGCUGGCAAAAAACUAGGUGUCCAGCCAGUCCUAUCAGCAAAGGAUAUGAGUCAAAGUGACGUGGAACACCUGGGUGUAAUGGCAUGGGCUGCGCAAUUUCGCAACGUUCCCCCCCGGCCACCAGUUCAUGAUAUGCUGCGAGUAGCUCUGGACUCUACCUCAGGAAGAGUUGGAGAACCAACCUUCAUUAAAGUGGAAAGUAUAUCGAACGAAUUAUCGAUGUCCGAUGUCAAAGUUUCAAUAGUUAAUCCAUUAGAACAGGAAUCUAGAUUAAAGUUAGACUCUAAAGGCGCUGGUGAAUUUAUACCGGAACACGCUGGAAUGCAUGAGAUCGUUCUCACAGUUGAAGAUAUCAGGGUAGACGGAAGGUACUUCUUUAGAGUUCUACCCCGAUUGGUGUCGGUGCCGCCACCUGGUAUGGCACCGUGUGCAGCAGGAAGUAUCGUCGAAGUACUAGUCAGCGCCACAGGUGCACCCAGACGUGAAGAUAUUGACGUAACUGCACACUCACCCAGCGGUCGAGCAGUACCGCUAGAACCCAGACAUCCUCCACCUUCAGCCCCAGGCACUACCGCGUCGAGCGCAACCUUCCAACCAGAUGAAGCUGGAGUAUGGACCAUCGCUAUCACUUAUAAAGGAGAGCAUAUUCAGGGUGGUCCUUUUACUUGUGAAGUAUUUGACCCAGCGGGCGUUCGCCUCAGUCAUGGCGCAUUGGAAGGUGCGGAACCCCUAAAACCCCACUCAUUUGAGUUGGACACCAGUGGAUGUGGUGUUAAAGGCGAUCUACAACUAGACAUAGUUCACGACAAAAGAAGUGUCAUGUGCGCCUUAGAAAAAUUAUCAUCAACCAAAUAUCGGGCUACGUUUAUGCCUAAAGCACCAGGGAAACAUAGAUUGUACAUUUAUUUUAACGGUUAUGACGUUCAUGGGUCGCCGCAUGUGUUCAGGGUGGGGUCACGCUCUAAAAAACCCCGCGACAGUUCGAGUCCCGCACCUGCAUUUGCAAGAAUAUCUAGCCCAGUGACGAGAUUAAGAUCGGAAAGUCCACAUAAUAACUACAAUUUGUAUGAUUCAAACACAAAGCACACGAGCUCAAUUGACAGACGCGAGGAGCGUCGGAAUUCAACCGACUAUUACAAGUCCUCAUACGGCCCCGAUAUCAAAGAUAAGACCUACGACGUCACAGACUCAUUUUCUAAUUCGAGGCUUAACAAACGUGAGAAUUAUAUCACAUACGAUGACAGUCCUAGAAAUAGAACAGCAAGUCCAAUAACAUCAAAACAUCUGGGAAACGGGUCGAGGCUCGACUUCGGUCGAUCAAGUAGUCCAUAUAGAGCUGGUAGUCCGUACAGAGCGACCAGUCCUAUCGGGCGAACAAGUCCGUUAACGAGAAAAGACAGCCCUUUGAAUAGAACGGCUAGUCCAAUUAAUCGAGUGAGCAGCCCUACGGAUAGGUAUAGUCCUGUAACAACGACGAAGCGUGUGGUAGAGAAACGCUCAAACUAUAAAGUGUACAGUUCAUACAGCGGCUCCCAGGAUAAUCUUGACCACAGCAGCCCAUUAUCCUCAUUAGAAACGGAUCGGAUCAAACGUUACGGGAGUCCGAGCACAGCAGAUACAGGUGAUCCCGGUGGAAAACCUGGUGGAUAUAAAGCAAAAAAUGAUUCUUGGGAUUCAGUUGAAAAAACUAGGCAGAUGUUUGGUAACAAUAGUUUGGAUUCAUCUGGUGAACGCUUUGGACUAAACACGCUGGACCGCGAAACUCAAAGGAACACACAACUGAACAAGUUCAGCGAUUUCUCGCGCGACUCCUUCAACAAACACCUCGACCGGUUGGUCGAUGAGGCUGAAUCGGAUACUUAUACGAGCCGCCAAGAAAUCACAAAACGCGAAGUGCGAGAAAGUUCGUACGUGGUACGAGACUCCUCUUACAGCAGUGUGGAGGAGAAGCACCAGCAACAACAGCAGUCUUUUUUAUCCAAUAGGCCCCCCCGCGACCCAAUCGGGGGGGCCUUAACUGAGACGGACGCUACACAUGCCCGUUUCAGACCAAUACAAAGGGAUAACAAUAGAGGCGCAAGAGGAAUAGUCAUAAAACCGACUUACAAAGGUGUGGUGGGACAGCCUGUGGAGUUUAUAGUUGACGCGAGCACUGCCGGCCCCGGUCGAUUGGAGCUGGAAGUUUCUGGCGGCAACGGAACUCUAGUUGCCAGUUCGGUCCGACCACUCGGCGGCAACAAGUACAUAGCCGCGUUUACGCCACGCGUGGCCCGACCGCACUCGGUUCGAGUCACGUUUAAUGAUGAACAUGUUUACGGAUCUCCGUGGAAGGUCGAGGUGAUGGCUGGGCCGGCAGGCGGCGGUGGAGGAGAACCCACGAGGCUGAUACCUGCGCGGGUGCCUGCCGUCUUCGAGAUCUCCACCUCGCCAGGCGCACCUACUUUUAGCAAAAAUGAGGUUGGAGUGACUGUUACUGCCCCAUCGAGGAGGCCGGUCACAGCACGAGUGCUGGAUGUGUCGGAGAGGCCUGGUGUGUACCGCAUCGAGUUCACGCCUGAGGAAGUCGGCACUCACCUGAUUGAUGUAUCGAUCGGCGAAGAUAAAUUGGCCGCUGGACCACUAGUCGCCAAAGUUUACGACGCCAGCCUAAUAAAAGUCACGGACGUGGGAAACGCCCUUGUCGGACAGCAAUGCCAGUUCAGAGUGGACGCAAGCGCUGCGGGUGAAGGGCAAUUAGAAAUUUCAAUCAAUGAAGGGGAAGUCCCUAAUCAUGUACAAGUCGUGGGUGGCGGACGCUGUCUUGUAUUUUGGAGACCAGAAACACCAACUCCACAUAGAGUGGACAUUAAAUUCAAUGGUGAACCGGUGCCUUCGUCGCCCUUCAUUUUCCAUGUAGCACCUGCGCAACGUGUGACGAUAGACACUUCGCAAGUUGAACUGAUACCGGUUGGCGAGUUGGCAUCAUGUUCUGUGCGUGUGGAAGGUUCUGGCGGUGGCGAAUUGACUGUCACGGUACGGGGACCAAGGGGCGAAGUUCCAGUGCGCCUUACCGGUGAAGCUCUAACGGGCCUAGUAGCCAGCUUCACACCUAAACACGUUGGCCCACACACACUGACAGCGCAAUAUAACAACCAACCUGUGCCUGGCACACCGUUUGUCUGCAAAGCUUAUGACAGUAAACUAGUCAGUGUUACUGGAGGAUUGUCUGCUCGCAUUGGAGUGCCUGUACAGCUAGCAGUGGACGCAGCUCAAGCGGGAGAAGGAAACCUGGAAAUCACAGUUGCAGCAAGGGGACUAAAUAUACCAACACAAGUUCAUCCACAAGGAAAUGCCAGGUUUACAGUAUCAUUUACACCAACAGAAGCUUGUGAACAUAUAGUUAACGUUUCUUUUAACAAGAUGCGUGUACCAGGAUGUCCUUUAAUAAUAGAUGUAUCUGAGGGUGGUGGAAUUGGUGCAAGAGUCACUUUGCCAGGACCUGUUCCACUACAUCAACCUGCCUCGCUCACAUUACAUCAUUCAGCUGCCACUCUUGACCAGAUUGAGGUUAAUGUUGAAGGUCCCAAUGGAGCGUCGGUGCCGGCGGCAGUAGCGGCCGCGGGUGCGGGCACUUUUCGAGCAGAGUUCGUGCCGCGAGCCGUAGGCGAGCAUCGAUUGAACGUGCUUGUGGACUCCGUACCCAUACCUGCCAGCCCAUUUCAUUUGAAAGUAUACGACGUAACCGCCAUUCGAGUCAAAGAUGUUGCUCACGGCACGGUCGGAAAACCAGUAACUUUUCUAGUGGAAACAAUGGCAGCGGGGCCUGGCAACUUGGAAGUGACUGUCAACGGUGGACGCGUACCAACCGCUGCAGCGGCUCAAGGUGCUCAUACAUACGCCAUCAGCUUCACGCCAAGAGAUCCACGGCCGCAUACUGUUGAGCUGCGAUUCAAUGGAGACCACGUGCCCGGUAGUCCAUUUGUAUGCCACGUGUCUGCGCCUGCGCGAGUCAUAGGAGCGGGAUCCGGGGAAUCCCCGGAUAAGGUGUCUGUUGGAGAUGCGUACACAUUCAGCGUAGAUUCACCCACUUCUCCUCAUGUUGAAGUUUUAGGCCCAGCUAGGAGACCAGUUCCUGUACAGGUAUCUGCUGAAGAAACCGUAGGCGAAAAUGAACCAAGCAAAAGAUACACAAUCUCUUUUGUUCCGGUAGAUGUCGGAGAUCACAGCAUUGAGGUACGGGCUGGAGCAAUGGGUGGUCAUGUGGAAGGCAGUCCGUUCUUAGUGAAAGCCUACAGUGCAUCUCGGGUAUCGGUAACUGAUAUCUCUCCCGGAGUCGUCGGUAGACCUGUGGCCUUUACUAUCAAUGCCUCUCACGCCGGCGCCGGAAACUUAGAAAUAAUCGUGGCUGUGAACGGCAGAAAUGUACCUAAUUAUGUACAGAGCGAAGGAAAUGCUAGAUUUAAGGUUAACUUCAAACCAACGGAAGCAGCUCCUCACACGUUGUCAGUUCGGUUCAAUGGUCACGCUGUACCAGGUUCUCCAUUUACAUGUAUAGUGUCCGCUCCAGCGGCCGCAGCGGAUGCAAGAGCCGCUGGACCUGGCUUAAGUUCAGCUCCAAGAGGAGAACCGGCUGAGAUUCACCUCACUGGCUUUCAUACUGGUGAACCCACAAUAUUCGUCACUGGCCCCGGUGGUAGUAGCGUCCGCACACGAGUGACACCAACAGGGGACGGUCGGUACACCGGAUCUUACACACCCGAAGCAGUUGGAAGGCAUAGUGUUCAAGUGCAAUGUGCUGGGCGACCCGUACCGGGUUCCCCGUUCACUUGUAACGUGUACGACGUGCGACGUGUCAGAGUUACGGGACUUGGAGCUGGCGAACUUGAAGGCACGCUAGAAGGUCUGAGUCUAGAUGAAAGUGCUGACGAAGAGCGUGGAGUAGAAGUUGGCAAGCCGGUUACAUUUAGCGUAGAUGCAGCAGGCGCUGGCGAGGGAACUCUAGAACUAGUGGUUUCAACACCUUCAACUACAGUUAAAGCCGAAGUAGUCGCAGUUGCACGGGGUCUGUACGACGUGACAUUCGUCCCGGUGUCACGCGAGCCACAUCGCGUGUCCGUCACUUUCAAUGAGCAACCCGUACCCGGCAGUCCCUUCGUGUGUCGAGUUAGCGAACCGCACACUUACGUACAAAUAGGAGGUGUAGCCGCAAUAGAAGUGGAUGAAAGUCUAUCCGAUGUGGAAGUAUUGUCACCCAGCGGCAGUCGUAUAUCCGAAGCCAACUUGGAAGACAACGGUCUACUUACGUUUCCUGCUAACCGAGUUGGGCGUUACCUUGUAAAGAGCCCUAGAGGACCUAUCGCCGAAGUUGAAGGACUUGAUGCUUCAGCAGUUAAAGUACUGUCCAUUGGAGACGCGGUGGCGCACAGACCUGCUAUACUCACUGUGAGUACGGCAGGAGCAGGUGCUGGUAGACUGUCAGCUCGAGUUUGGUGUGGCGGAGCAGCCGUUGCCCAUUCAGUGAGAAGACGAGGCGGAGCAAGGAUGGAGCUAGUAUGGCAUCCUUCCCGUGCCGCGACCCACCGACUAGCCUUAUUGUGGAGUGGCGUUCCAAUUUCAAAAGAACCCUUAGUUGUUGAUGUUCUACCGGCACAUCAUGGUCAAGAGGUAGCAGCAUCAGGUUUAGGUCUUUACCAGGCUCAAGUGAGCAAAGUAGCGUCAUUCAGUAUCGACACAUUAGGUCGCCCAGCUAGGGAAUUCGACGUUGUUGUCUCUGGUCCGGGGUCUCGAGCUUUACCCGUCAGAUGCUAUCAGACCAAAUCUGGAUUAUUACAAGCCGAGUUUGCCAUCAAUGAAGUUGGACAAAGCACCAUAGAAGUACUACAUCUAUCAAAACCUGUCACUGGAAGUCCAUUCACGUGUGAAUCUUUUGACCCCCAUAAAGUUAUAUUAUCAGGCUUACCAACUGGGAAUAUUAUCGUGCAAACACCUAUAAAUUUUACAGUUGAUACCAAAGAUGCAGGUCUUGGAGAAUUAGAAGUUGUCUGUGAAGCAAUGGGCGAUAGAAGAGUGCGUUUACCUAUCGAUAUACGGGAAGAUGGGCACACGCAUAAAGUUCGGCUACGACCUUCCGUGCCGGCACAUUACCGUAUUUAUAUAACAUACGGGGGUGCGCCAGUAGUUGGAAGUCCAGUAUCACUAGGCGUGUUAAGCGGUAAAGCAAGCAACGCCGCAAAAUGCUCGGGUACAGGACUUGCACAUGCGCACGUGGGUAAAGAAGCCGCCUUCACAAUUAAUUGUGUUGAAGACACUGCACCCACCGUUCAGGUCGAAAAACUGACAGAUCUUAAGGAAGAUAAUACAGAUUCAGGCCUCCUGGAAUGUCGAGUGGCAGCGGGUGCACCGCGAGAGUGGCUCUGUGCGUACAUACCACUAGUCGUGGGUUUAUACGAAGUUCGUAUAUUCACGACUUCGGGACCUUUGCCAGGCAGCCCAUUCUCUGUUAAAGUAAUAGACACAUCGGCCAUAUUACCCGUAGGUGGGUGGGGAACAGACAAUUCUGGUAGAGUUCGAGCGCCGUCUAAGAUUAUUUUAGACACUAGCAACGCUGGUCCUGGAACGCUUGAGUGCUUAUUAGCCGGAAGACAUCAACGCGUAGAAACAGUAGCGGGCCGAGCCGUAGUUACUCUCACAGCGACAGAAGGUGUCAGUGGGGAACAAGAACUAGAACUUACCUACAACGGGGCUUUAGUCGCUGGAGCACCUAGAAAAGCGUUGGUUGCCUCAGGCAAUACAGCGGAUAGGGUGACGUUGGCUGGACGUGGAUUGGCACACGCGGCGCCACACACGCCCGCUGUGUUCACUAUUGACGGUAGUGCAGCUGGCCCAGGAGCUCCGGAGGCGUCGUUAACAUCACCUGAAGGUGAUUUUAUAGCUGUGGCAUUGACGGCCGCUGGACCGGGUUUAUGGCGGGCGACAUACACACCAAGAAGGCCUGGCGAUCAUCAGCUAAGAGUCACGUGGGCUGGAAGACUCGUUAAAGGUUGUCCACUAACAGUGAAAGUGAUGGCCGGGUCAGAAAGCGGCGAUGCCUCCCGCGUGGUAUGCUCCGGUGCCGGUUUGUCCGGAGGCGUUGUUGGCAGGGAAAUACGCUCAUGGAUAGAUACAAGACGAGCUGGUCCUGGGGAAUUGACUGCUCACUGCAGUGGACCUAAUAAGGUGGCAUAUUGUGAACUGUAUGAGCACGGCGAUGGCACAUUUACACUCAACGUAAAGCCGGCAGAGGCCGGACGGCAUGUUCUAAGCGUGCAGUUCGCCGGUGAACAUGUUCCCGGAUCGCCAUUUGUCCUCAAAGUCGCUGGUGCACCCGAUCCUUCGAAGGUCAGAGUAUACGGUCCAGGCGUGGAGCCAGGUGUACUAGCAACGUUCCAAUCACGAUUCCUCUGUGACACGCGCGGUGCGGGCGCGGGUCAGCUGACAGUGCGAGUGCGUGGACCAAAAGGAGCGUUUAGAGUCGAAAUGCAACGCGAGAACCAGAAGGACCGCACCAUACUUUGCAAGUUUUCUCCCACCGAGCCCGGCGACUACAGAGUGGAAGUGCGAUGGGCGGGGCGACACGUCCCCGGCUCACCAUUCCCCGUCAUGAUCUUCGAUACACAAGAAGAACUGCGCAGAUACAUGCAAGCUAACGCUGCAUAAUAUAUUACUCCUUUAUUAACCAA